AUUCUAGGCAAAUAACGCCUCGUAUCCAUCCAUAUAUAAGAUGUCAGUUCACUGGCAUGAGACCUUAUUUUGCUCCCCCUCCUUCUUUCCUUUCUUCCCAUUCAGCGGGAUACAUUCACCCAUGUCAUAGCGCAUUUUUGCACAUUCAGUCAUUCGUUUUAUUUCUCUCUUCUAUUGUGUCUUUCUGCCAACUUGGUCCCUCGUUUUGAUAUAAAUCGCUCCUCUGUCAUUGCAUUGUUUUGAACCAGCGUUUUGAUAUCCCUUGACGGUCACUUUCCUUGAAACGCGUUUACUACACUGUAUAGAAUAGACCGUGGUGCAGUCAGUCAUAUAAAAAGGACAUCAGCGGCCUUCUCCCAUCUCAGCGAAAGACAUGGAGUGUUUCCGUCAAAUCGUUCGAUUCGUCAAGUCGCCCUUUCAAAAGAGCGCGGCACCCAGGAUCAUUGAAAUUGGACCUCCGACGAAUUUUAGAAAGGAAAAUAUGCCGGCCUUUUUCUCAGACGCCGACACGCUAACAUCCCAUGAUAGCCGUGGUCUCAUGAAGGAUGGGGAGGACCAGGUAUCCGGCUCGAUAGAGCGCAGACCAUCGACCCGGGAGAAAAUCAAGCAGCAUGUACGAAGGAUGAGCAUCAAAAUCAACCAGGUCGUUCCCGAAAUCGAGCUUGCAUAGAGUGCACGCUUGGUCAGUCAGUAAUAGCAAACCCUCAAAUUGCAUCUGAAUCUCAGCUCCUCAUAUAGCGACGCGGUUUUGGCUUGUCAGCAUGAGAUGCGCUCCUUCCAGAUAGACUAUCUGAAUACUCGGUAUAGAUACCAACUGGCGCUUGUCACAGAAAUGUCGGCACAUCUUGAAGCCGCGACUUUUUCGUUCCCAGGGUCUUGCUAGGAGUUGGGCCAGGGGCUGGCGUCGAAAUUUUUGAGCCAUGACCCGAAUGGCUGGGUGUGCUUUGCGCUGGAGAGUCAUCGAGAUCAUCGAAAAGAGAGUCAAUCUUUGAUCUAAAUGCGGUCGGAGUACCGUGUCUCGCAUUCAUAUGAAGCUUUUCAUUUACCCGUGUACCUGUUCCAAUAGAAGGCGUGUCUAUGGUUUCAGAUUUGAUACUCCUAGCGCUAUCUCCUCUGUUCGGGGCUUUUAGCACCCCAACU